AUGGCCCGAUGGCGCGCAGAGAGCUUUGCAAAUGUUUUUGAAGUUGUGUUUGAUCAAGGGAAUGAUAGGAUGUCAUCUGCCUUGACAGUUUUCGUGCUUGCAAAGGCUGCAGUGUAUGUUACGAGUAGGGUUGCGGGACAAAGGAAUGACAGUAUGAGGUCCGCUCCUUGUAUAUUCUUGACCAACAUGCAUGCAGCACUUCUAGAAGUUCCAUCUUUGCUCUGGGUGGUCUGUCUUAUUGCCUCCAUAGACAACAAUUCAUCAAACCCCUGGUCAUCGGGGAGGGCCCAACGAGCUGCUCGCUCGGACUCGUGCCGUCUAACCAUACACCCGGGGAUCGAUUUCGUUUACCGGGGGUGGCUCUCCUGGGCUUAUAUUACUUCAAAGGGAUCCUCCCCCUGCCCAUAA